AUGCCCACGAACUGGCCAGUGGUCGGCUCGGUGUCGACGAUCACCGUCAACGCCGGCCGCAUGCACGAGUGGCUCACGGAGUUCCUGAGCGUGGCGCCGGGGAUGUCGCAUGUCGCCAGGGGCCCGUGGGGUUCGCCCGUGGACAUCCUUCUCACGGCCAACCCGGCAGACGUGGCGCAUGUCUUCACGACCAACUUCGGCAACUACCCCAAGGGCGAGGAGUUCGCGGUGUUGGCGCACGCGCUGCUCUCGGACUCGAGGUUCCGCGCCGCCGUCGCCACCAGCACCGCACGCAAGCUCGACGAGGGGCUCGUGCCGCUCCUCGACGGCGUCGCUGCGGGCGGCGCGGUCGUGGACCUGCAGGACAUGUUCAUGCGCCUGACGUUCGACCUCACGGCGAUGUUCAUAUUCGGGAGGAGGGGAAGGAGCUAG